AUGCCCCGCUCAACCCAGUCCCCCUCGGCCAUCAUCAGCGCCAUCAUCCUGCUGCUCGCGUUUGUCGUCCUCCCGCUCGCCCUGGCGGACGUCAAGCCCGUCGAGGCAGCAGCCGCGCAAGCCGAAGCGGUCGGCGACACUGCCGACGCCGCCGCCGAGAGCGUCGCAGCCGCCGCGGCGUACGCCAAGGCCUCAGCUGCCGCUGCGGCCGACAGCGCGUACUCUGCCCUCACGCACCCCGCUGUCGGGAUCGCCGUCGCCCUCGUCGCUGUUGCUGUGGGCGGGUUCCUCAUCGCCCCCGUGGCGCAGCGCUUCUUCGUCAAGCAGAUUGAGAAGGAGGCCGAGCGCGAGGCUGAGGGCGAGGCCAAGGCUGCUGGCAAGAAGGAGCUCGAGAGCUUGUUGAAGUGA